CCCUUGCGCAAUCAAAGGGCAAAAUGACCGCCCUCCCCCCAUUAGAUGGCCACAGGUUGGGCUGCAUCAACAGGCGACGGAGUCGAGUCCACAUCCUUUGUAGUAAACGGUGAAUAUCAAACAGCUGAGAGCAUCUAGACACAGGUUUCAAGGGGCUCCAGCCAUCCGAUGCUCACUCUAUUGGUGUAGCGGCUGCUUACGAUUUUCACACCAACCUGUCCUUGCGGGUUUUGCAGUGGGGAAACAUUGGCGAUCCCUCAAGUAGCAGGCUCACAACCAGAAGAAGAAGAAGAAGAUAUGCAAUGGCGCGAUGAUUCUGAAGAUACGAAUUAGGAACAACCCUGCAAAAGCUUCAGAAAAUCAUGGGCGCCUAAACUAGUCGUCUUCUUCACCACAUCCUUGAGUUCCAUAGCCCCACAGAGACUAUCUGCUAAACUACACAGUCAUUACAAAUUGAUCUGAACUGGAAGCGAAAACAAAAGACGGAGGAGAGUAAGAAGCUUUGUGUUCUCAGUACUUGAGCAUGAGAAAGUAAAGUACAAAAUGAAAGCUUUGGGUGGCAAUGGGGGUUUCUUGUGGUGGAAUGGCCUUCCCAAGAGACGUAGAUAUAGUUCUCAAAGAAGAGAAUCCCCAAAAUCCUCUAAUUCGGAUGUGGGUGGAAAAGCAGGUGGGGGAAGUGGUUUCGAUUUCCCACUCAAGCAGGCAGCUACGGCAGCUUCUCUUGCUCUCACUGGUGACGCCAUUGCUCAGGUCAGUGCCCGGCGGAAGGUUCUCCAGGGACAGGAUUCCAACAACCGGGAUGUCAUGUCAACCAUUCUUUCAAAUCAUGAUUGGGUCCGGGCACUUCGGAUGACUUCCUAUGGGUUUCUCUUAUAUGGUCCAGGCUCCUAUGCAUGGUACCGUUUUCUUGAGCGUCACUUGCCUAAGCAAUCAAUACAAAACAUGUUUCUGAAGGUUUUUUUGAAUCAAAUUGUACUUGGUCCAAGUGUGAUCGCUGUUGUCUUUGCAUGGAAUAAUUUAUGGCAAAGGAAGCUCUCAGAGCUUCCAGCUAAGUACCAGAAGGAUGCCCUUCCUACCCUAGUUUAUGGAUUUAGGUUUUGGAUUCCUGCCAGCAUACUAAAUUUCUGGUUGAUUCCUCUUCAGACACGUGUAGCUUUCAUGUCCACCUGCUCCAUAUUUUGGAAUUACUACUUGUCUUCAACCAUGAGCAAGUGACCUCUUCAGUUCUUUCAGCAGUAAUUCCAAUGCUUCAAAUAUACAAAAUAUGGCAGUCUAAACUGUCUUCUACUGCUGACUCCUUAAUUCCAGAGGUUUUCAUUUGAAGUAAUUGACAUAUCAGUUGCCGCCCAAUAUCGAGAGAAGAUGCAAGAAUCAAGGGAUUAUUUUUCAUCAUGUUACCAAUUGGCUGCUUAAUGUUUAAUAACACUGAAAAUGCAUCUUUGCAUGAAUUUCCUUUUGAACUUAAUAAUUUUUUCUGUGUACCA